CUGAGAAACUAGGUUUUCGUCAUAUAAGAUUCAUUUAUCUACGAAGUUCACCGUCUCUCAUCGGCGCGCUGGUUUCUUCGCCUCCCUUGGUUCGUAGAUCUUUAACGGAGAAUUUUUCAUACGCUCCGAGAAAAAAAGAAGAUGCAGAACGAGGAAGGCCAGAUUACUGAGCUUUACAUCCCAAGGAAAUGCUCCGCAACAAAUAGACUGAUAACUGCAAAGGACCAUGCGUCCGUGCAGAUCAACAUUGGGCAUCUCGAUGAGAACGGUAUUUACAAUGGCCAUUUUUCCACAUUUGCUAUGUGUGGUUUCAUCCGUGCCCAGGGGGAUGCUGACAGUGCAUUAGAUCGUCUGUGGCAGAAGAAGAAAGUCGAAGUCAAGCAACAGUAGAGGAUGAUAAAUUUUCUCUGAAGUUUGGUUGCAAGUUAUAUUCGAGAAUUAUUACUAAGUUUUUGUUAGUUUAGUUAUGAAUGUUGCUAUACCUGAUUUGUCCACUCGCGGUACCAACCGAAUGUCCUUUCUGGCUGACUAUGUGAUGCAUUUGGAAGUGAUUUGAUAAUUGAUUGGGUUCCUCCUCGUAGUGGUCUGGCGUUAUGUUACUAUUAUCAUCCGCUUGGUUAUUGUUGGAUAGCGUCCGGAUAAAUAUCAUGACUGAACUUGAAAUC